AUGAUUAUAAUUACAAUUAAAAGAAUAAAAUUUCUGUGUAUCGUUUCAUUUGUUUAUUCGAUCAAACGAUUAACAAAUAAAGCGAUGGCUUCUAUAACAAGCAAUACAAGUCUACGUCCAACUGUUGUAGUUGCAUCUGCGUCGACGUCCAAAGAAUCGUCGCCGACAACAAGUGAUAAAGUUUCAAGAAAAUCGAAAAGUAAUUCGAAAUCAAGCUCCAGAAACCAUGAAGAAAAAUUUCGAAAACACAAAAAGAAGCAACAUAAAUCAAAGAAAAAUCAAAAUGAAAAAAUUAUUGAUCCUCCGCCGCUUCCACCAUCGGAUGAAAAAAUUCAACCGCCACCUCCACCACCGCCACCACCACUACCACCACCACCACCACCUACUUCCAACCUAUACGAUGAUCUCGAUGAUAACAUAACAACCAGUAGUUCAAUUGUAAAAACUAAUCUACCAUUAUCUCAUUCGCCACCACCAGUUAUGCCAACAAUAUUACGUCAAGGUUCUCGUUCUCGUCUAACAGCUAUUGAACAACUUGUACCUUCAUCUAUUGCACGAACAAAUAAUGAUAAUACAAAACUUUCUCCGACAUCAACAACGAAUCCAAAUACUACUGAAGAUUUAGCAAAGAAAAAAUUCGAAGAACAAUUAGCAUUACUUGAUGCCACAUCAUCCAAAUUAAAGAUGAAUACUUCCGAACAAUCGAGUAAUGAAAGUGAAGAAGACGAACAAAUCGAACGCAUAUGUCGAAUGAAUAAUACCGGCAGUAUAGCAGGACCUAUACAAUUUAAAUUUAAUCGUACACAAAAUCUUCCACUUAAAACAUCUCCUGUAUCGAAUGAUAUGGCUAAUAUUGACGAAGAAGCGGUUCCCGUAAUGAAUGCAACAAAGAAAAAACGUUUGCAUAAACCAAAUGAUCCAACGACAAGUUCACAUUCAACAUCGUCGGGUGAUGAAAAUGAGAAAAAGAAGCAGAAAAUAUCAGAAAACGAAACAAUAGAAUCUAUAACAACAGUUGAAUUACCAACAACAACAGCAACAGCAUCAACAACAGUAUCCAUCAUUGUUGAUGAAAAGAUUAAAAGUGAAGAAGUUAAAAAUGAUGAACCUGUUGCUUCGACAACUAAUGAAAAAAAGCUUAGUGAUGAAAAUAAUGAUGAUCAUGGUUCUCGAUCAUCAUCAGCAUCAUCGUCAAGACGAAGACGACGUAGUAGUCGUCGACGUCGUCGUCAUCAUCAUCGUCGUCGUCGGCACUCAUCAUCAUCAACUUCGCGUUCAUCGGAUUCAUCAACAUCGUCCGAUAGUUCACGUUCAUCAAGUCGUUCACAUCGAAGAUAUCGACGUCGACGAACACGUUCAUCUCGUUCAUCAUCCCGUUCUUCAUCGAGUUCAAGUGAUAAUCGUGGUCGUCACAGUAGUCGCAGUAGUCGUCGUUCGUCACGGUCCUAUUCGAGACGUCGUUCAUCGAGUUCAAGAAGUUCUCGUUCAUCAACAUCAUCUCGUAGUUCGCGUAGUCGAUCACGAAGUCACAAUAAAAAAUCAUCGCGACAUUCAAAUCAUAAUCAUCAACAAUCAAAUAAUCAUGGCAAAGGAGGAAGAGGCGGUCCAGCAUCACGUCGUGGUCGCGGAGCUCGAAAUACCCCGCGUACUCUUCGAACACAAUCAAAUGAAAAUCAACGUCGUACAACACCGAAUAAAAAUGGUGCUAAAUAUAAUUUAACAGCAAAUAGUACGACUCGAAAGUUACCCAAUAAUAAACAACCUCGAGUACUGAUUGCUGCAACACCAAAACCUCCAACCAAUGAUGAAAAUCCAGAAGAAACAAUAACAACAUCUACAAUAACGACGAUAGCAACAACAACUGAAGAGAAUAAACCAGAACCCAUCAUUUUAACUAUCAAUCAUAACCAACAACGUGCUGUAGCACAAAAGAAGAAUGUCAAAGGAAAAAAUAAACAACAAACUCCAGCAUAUUCUUUGAAAAAGAAUGAAACUGAUGAUGUCGAUGGUGAUGGAGAACCGAUGAUUGGCCCAAAAUUACCACCAGAAUUCGAAAAAAAAAUAAAUAAAGAACAUUCAUUCACUCCUCCGGAUAUGGAUGAUCCAGAAAAUUUUGAAAUGCUCAAUGAUUUAAAAUAUCGUGCAGAAAUUCAUGCAGCUAAAAACCAUGGUUUAAUUAAUGAAAUGCAAGCACAACAAUUAAUCGAAGAACGUGAAACUCAAAAACAUUUAGCCGAACUUCCACUUAUUCAAAUGCCUAUUAUGUCAUCACCAACUAUUUCUUCAAUGGGCCCAUUUAUUGUUACAACACCAAGUCCAACAUUAGCUACUUAUCAACUUCAAAUGGCACCUGCACCUACUCAACAGAUGCCCACAACUCCUGAAACUCCUACUAUGAGUAUUGAACAACAGCAACAAAUGUCACCGAAUUCAGCAGCAUCAAGUGGUGGUGAAAGUUCGAAUUCAGGUCAAACAACGCCAGGUGGAACAACUAUUCUUACACAAGAUGGCCAACAAAUGAUGAUUCAAACAACAAACAAUGUCGGUCAACAAUUAUUACCUAUGAAUCAACAAGCACAACAAAUAUAUAUGCCUAUGCAAACAGCCGUUCAGCAACCUCGUGUUGUUGCCGUACGAACGCCACAAGGUGGUAUUCAACAUUUUAUUGAAUAUCCAACGGCACAAUUAUUACAAGCCCAACAGCAACAACAGCAGCAACAACAACAACAACCGCAAUUCAUUCAGCAUAAUGGACAACUUGUACAAGUUAUUCGACCACCUGUUGCUUAUUCUUCAGCAGCGCUAAUACAACAAUUACAAUUACAACAACAACAGCAAGUUCUCGCUGCACAAUUGCAAGCUCAGCAAAUAGCUGCUAUGCAACAACAAGGGGGUGCUAUCUUUUUACAAAAUUCAGCUGGACAACUUGUAUUUGCUCAACCAAAUCAACAAGCUGUGCGAGUUGUUCAACUUCCUUAUGUACCCAAAUGA